AUGAAAGAUAAUAGUAAAGCUAGAGGUAGAAUACCCGGAGUUGCUUUGGCCUUUAGCAAAUUUUCUUUACAUAAGCCAAAUAAAAAGACUUCUACUCCACCUUCGCCCAAACUCAUUCCUGCUGCUCCGUCAUCACCUCCCCUGCUCAAUACUCCACCACUCACGUCACUACCCACUUUUGAGAUCACGACAGACUCUGACGCUCACUUAUCCUCCAGUAGUUUAUUUUUUCAUAUGUCCCGCAAAUCAAAACGACUAUCAGCAAUUUCUGCUACCAAUGUAAAUAAAGCAUACACCGUCAAUACGGGUCGUAAGAAUAGUCUUCCUCCAGUUAUGGACAUUUUUGUGAGGAGCAAGCCAGGGCUAUCGUACGUUACUUUUGCCGAAUUCAGGAAGAACGAUGAAUACCCUCGAUAUCAGAUAACCAUAUUAACUACCUUACAGAAACAGGAGAACAAACUGAGACAAAUAGGUAUUGUAAAAAAUCUCGAAAAAUCAAAUCUAAAAGGAAAGAAAGAACGCAAAUUAACAAAAGAGAUGGAUCACAUGGUAUCCAAAAACUUGGCUAUAGUGCGAAGGAGUCCACCCAGCACAUCGGCGUUUAAAUUUUUAGCCAUGAAGAAAGCAAAGUCGAGAACUCCAUCAGUCCUUUUGAAGAACCUGGCACUUGCUAUCCGAGAUCACAAGGUAUCAGAAGCGAUUCGUAUUCUGUCUUACAUAUCCGGAAGUACCAUGAAAAAGAAACGGCCAUCCGAGGCCAAUAACAUUUUUUUAAUGGCGAUGGCACAUCGUCUCGAAGAUGUUGCAAUGGCCAUGUAUGAGCGAGGCAUUCCAACUAACAUAAAUAGAGAAAUAUUUGUGAAACCGGCAAAUGAGAAUAAUGCAUUUGAAUUCAAAUUUCCGAGUUACUUUAUUCUGGCGGUUGCCCUUGGCCUGCAUAACCUGGCAAAAGCCAUGAUCCGAAAAGCCAAUAUGAAUCAGACAUGGUACGGAUUAUCACCACUGAUUAUAGCAUUGGCUCAAACAUCUGUGGAAGAGACAACGGAUAGGCACUCGUCCGCUAGCUCAAAAAUGUCCUCUGGCCAGUUCUUGCUUGUGAGGACGCUGCUCGAUAACGGAGCAGAUCCAGCUCAAGGAAUUCCAUUAGAACAAUUUCUGACACUUAGAUUGUUGAACUCUCGUAAGAGAAGGAAAUCGCGGAGCUUGUGUACAGAAGAUGUCAUAGAUGGCAUUGAGAGCAAACUGUCCGUUCAACAAACAGCAGUAAAUGGCGAGACAGACCAUGUGAGAAUGGAUGCGUCUGCGACUGCUAGCAGCACAUCGUGUUUGUUUGUUCAGAGCGACGUGAUGCUGACACUGGAAUUAGUUCGUGCUGGGGCUAAUGUAAACCAAAAAGACUUACGAGGGAACACUCCAUUACAUCAUGCGGCAUGCAAAGGAUAUUUGGAAAUGGUUAUAGUCUUACUUCAAUUAGGAUCUGAUGUCAAUGCAAAGAACAUAAAUGGCCGGACACCACUACAUGAAGCCAUACGCAAUCAUCAUCAAAGGAUUUGUAACACGCUAAUCGAUGCAGGAGCAAAGUCUGAGAUUUGUGACAAUUUAGGACAGACAGUGAAGGACCUUGGAUCUGCUGCUGGAUUAACUAGUAAAGAAAUUGCUGCAUUCCUCGAAGGGAAUAAGAAAGAAAAUCAACAAAUAAAGUCAUUACAACAGAAUGGCUUUAAAAAAAAGGCAACCAUUCGCCACAGUAGCAACAAGAAACCUUCCUUGAUUCCAACAAUGAUGAAUAGCAGCACUGGCCGCAUCAAGAUACAUUUGGGCAUAUAA